GUGGGGAGAUGGGACACGGAAAUGCGAUGUGCGCAGCUGCGGUUGAGCCCAGCGCGAUUUUUGUCGCUCCGCCCUCACCUCGCUAAAUAGAUCCUUGGUCUAAGUUUAUUUUCGAGCAUAGCGAGGUGUGGACUCUGUUUUACUUUCCACGUCGUAUCACCACCAAAUCAACUUUAUCUUUCUGUCAGACUAGGAGAAAUUUGGUCUUGAGACGUCUGUUUAUUUUCUUCGUAAGAAGAAAGCGGUGACAUCUAGACGGCCUUGUGGGGAAAGAGGUGGAGCUUCUGCUUGUCUUUCAACUUCAAAGGAAAGCAAGCUCUAAAAAGCGGGCCUCAUAGGGGUAGCCAAUAGCUACUCUUUUUCUGGACUCCCGGGGCGUUCUCACGGGGAAUGGGGUGGUAGCAUAUGCUUGCCAAUCAGAGAAAGCCAGGGCCAGCGGGUGGCGGACAGCAACCAAUCGUCAAGGCCGGCCAGAGCGCGCUCCCUUAGUAGGUGGAUGGUGGUCGGAGCGCCGGCUCCCUUCUCGUCGCCAUUUUGUGUUGGUGACUGUGGCCGGCUAGGAGGAGGCGGCACUGAGUUUCCUUGGGAGGGCAGCGCGUCGGGCGCGUCUCCCCUCCCCCUUUCCUCUCUUUUGCACCUAGCCUUGGACUUGGUUGUUGCAGGCGUCGGCUCCCUUUGAACUAGCAGUUCUGGAGGAGGUGGCGGCUGGUGGAGGUGAUGCCUGGGAGCCCUCCCUUGACAGCCCGGGCCGAGAAGAGUCUCUGCAGGAGGCAUCACCCAGGCUGGCAGAUCAUGGUGGCAGCAGCGGGGGUGGCUGGGAAGUGAAACGGAGUCAGCAACUGAGGCGGGGCCCCAGCAGCUCCCGAAGAUCCUAUCAGGACAUGGAGUAUGAAAGACGAGGUGGUCGUGGUGACAGGACUGGCCGCUAUGGAGCCACUGAUCGCUCACAGGAUGAUGGAGAGAACCGCAGCCGGGACCAUGAUUAUAGAGACAUGGACUACCGCUCAUACCCCCGAGAGUAUGGCAGCCAGGAGGGCAAACAUGAGUAUGAUGACUCAUCUGAAGAGCAAAGUGCAGAGGAUUCCUACGAGGCCUCCCCGGGCUCCGAGACUCAGCGUAGGCGGCGGCGGCGGCACAGGCACAGUCCCACUGGCCCGCCAGGCUUCCCCAGAGACGGCGACUAUCGGGACCAGGACUAUCGGACCGAGCAAGGGGAGGAGGAGGAGGAUGAGGAGGAGGAGGAGGAGGAGGAGGAGGAGGAGAAGGCCAGUAACAUCGUCAUGCUGAGGAUGCUGCCACAGGCAGCCACUGAGGAUGAUAUCCGUGGCCAGCUGCAGUCCCAUGGUGUGCAAGCACGGGAGGUCCGGCUGAUGCGGAACAAAUCCUCAGGUCAGAGCCGGGGCUUCGCCUUCGUCGAGUUUAGUCACUUGCAGGACGCUACACGAUGGAUGGAAGCCAAUCAGCAUUCCCUCAACAUCCUGGGCCAGAAGGUAUCCAUGCAUUACAGCGACCCCAAGCCCAAGAUCAAUGAGGACUGGCUGUGUAAUAAGUGUGGUGUCCAGAACUUCAAACGGCGUGAGAAGUGCUUCAAAUGUGGUGUACCCAAAUCAGAGGCAGAGCAGAAGCUGCCCCUUGGCACCCGGCUGGAUCAGCAGGCACUGCCGCUGGGCGGGCGGGAACUAAGCCAGGGCCUACUCCCACUGCCGCAACCCUACCAGGCCCAGGGAGUACUGACCUCCCAAGCCCUGUCACAGGGUUCAGAGCCAAGCUCCGAGAACGCCAAUGACACCAUUAUUUUGCGUAACCUGAACCCACACAGCACCAUGGACUCCAUCCUGGGGGCCCUAGCACCCUAUGCGGUGCUUUCCUCCUCCAACGUGCGUGUUAUAAAGGACAAGCAGACCCAGCUGAACCGAGGCUUCGCCUUCAUCCAGCUCUCCACCAUCGUGGAGGCAGCCCAGCUGCUGCAGAUCCUGCAGGCCCUGCACCCUCCGCUCACCAUCGAUGGCAAGACCAUCAACGUGGAGUUUGCCAAGGGUUCUAAGAGGGAUAUGGCCUCCAAUGAAGGCAGUCGCAUCAAUGCUGCCUCUGUGGCCAGCACUGCCAUUGCUGCUGCCCAGUGGGCAAUCUCACAGGCUUCCCAGGGUGGAGAGAGUGCCUGGGCUGCCCCUGAGGAGCCACCAGUCGACUACAGCUACUAUCAACAGGAUGAGGGCUAUGGCAGCAGCCAGGGCACAGAUUCCCUCUAUGCCCAUGGCUACCUUAAGAACACCAAGGGCCCUGGCAUGACUGGGACCAAAGACCCAGCUGGAACAGGUCCUGAGACCUCCCUUGAAGCUGCGGCAGACUCUGUGACACUGCAGGCUUUCUCCCGAGCCCAGCCUGGUGCUGCCCCUGGGCUCUAUCAGCAAUCAGCUGAGGGAAGCAGUGGCCAGGGCACAGCUUCCAACAGCCAGUCAUAUACCAUCAUGUCACCUGCUGUACUCAAGUCUGAGCUCCAGAGCCCUACUCAUCCCAGCUCUGCCUUACCAUCAGCUUCCAGUCCCACUGUCCCAGAGUCCUACAGCCAGUACCCUGUCCCUGAUGUCUCUACUUAUCAAUAUGAUGAGACAUCUGGCUACUACUAUGACCCCCAGACUGGUCUGUACUAUGACCCCAACUCCCAGUAUUACUACAAUGCUCAGAGCCAACAGUACCUAUACUGGGAUGGGGAGCGGCGGACCUACAUACCUGCCUUGGAGCAGUCUGCUGAUGGACAUAAGGAGACGGGGGCAUCAUCAAAGGAGGGAAAAGAGAAGAAAGAGAAGCAUAAGACGAAGACAGCCCAACAGAUUGCCAAGGACAUGGAGCGGUGGGCCCGUAGUCUCAACAAGCAAAAAGAAAACUUCAAAAACAGCUUCCAGCCUAUUAGUGCCCUACGAGAUGAUGAAAGGCGGGAAUCGGCCACUGCAGAUGCAGGCUAUGCCAUCCUUGAGAAGAAGGGAGCACUAGCUGAAAGACAGCACACCAGCAUGGAUCUCCCAAAGUUGGCCAGUGAUGACCGCCCAAGUCCACCUCGAGGUCUGGUGGCAGCCUACAGUGGGGAGAGUGACAGUGAGGAGGAACAAGAGCGAGGAGGUCCUGAGCGGGAAGAAAAGCUCACAGACUGGCAGAAGCUAGCCUGUCUGCUCUGCCGCCGCCAGUUUCCCAGCAAGGAGGCACUCAUCCGGCACCAGCAGCUCUCUGGGCUCCACAAGCAAAACCUUGAGAUUCAUCGGCGAGCCCACUUGUCAGAAAACGAAUUGGAAGCACUAGAAAAGAAUGACAUGGAGCAAAUGAAGUACCGAGACCGUGCAGCUGAACGCAGGGAGAAGUAUGGUAUCCCGGAGCCACCAGAGCCCAAAAGGAGGAAAUAUGGUGGCAUAUCUACAACCUCUGUUGACUUUGAACAGCCCACUCGGGAUGGAUUAGGCAGUGACAACAUUGGCAGUCGCAUGCUCCAGGCCAUGGGCUGGAAAGAAGGCAGUGGUCUGGGUCGUAAGAAACAGGGCAUUGUGACACCCAUUGAGGCCCAAACACGGGUUCGAGGUUCUGGCCUGGGUGCCCGGGGCAGUUCUUAUGGGGUCACCUCAACAGAAUCCUACAAGGAGACACUGCACAAGACAAUGGUGACCCGCUUCAAUGAGGCCCAAUGAACAACUUUGAAAGCAGUUUCUACAGGCGUGGGGUGUCCAUCCAGGGACAGAGAAGAUGAGGUGUGAAGUGGUCUAAGGGAGGCUCUUCUGUCUACCAGCCUGCUCCUCAGCCAGAGAAGCUCUCACCAAAUUAGACUUGGAGUUGAUGACUUUUGCUGGGAAAUUGGGCUCAAAUCAUGUUCCUUUUGUAAUAAAACCUAAAAAGCCUGCAUCUUCCAUCUCUACUUUCUCAUACCCUAGCAUGGUUUGUAAUUACACAGGCACAGAAUGCGUAAAUAGCUGUUAGACUAAGCUGGAUGGCAAGAGUGACUGUAAAUACAUGGGGUUCUAGCCAGCACUCCAGCUGGCAAGAUUCUGGUCAUGACCCAACCCUUGUCAGAAACUGAAGUUUGUGGUUUAGAACCUGCACUGGGAAUCCUCAGUCCCCUGUCCUCACUUAACCCUCACCUGCUCUUAGCCUAUGGUCCCUAAACUAAACUGAUUUGCCAUUCCUGGGCUGGGGACAAUGUUCUUGGGCAUCUUUAUGUAGAACAUAACAGAUACUUAAACCCUGGGUGUCCCUAUACCCUCAACAUGUUGAUGACCCCAAAGGAAUAUAGGAAGUUUGGCCUGUAAGUCCUCAGCCCAAGGAUGUCUUCAUGAGCACCAAUCAAGUUCACCCUUGUUCCCUUCAUCCAUAUCUGUAAACACAGUACCUCACUCUAUGGUCUAUAGCCAUGACUCCCAGGUUAUGUAUAUGUUAUUGGCAGAGGUUCUCAAUGUAGUGGAGCAUAAAAUUGGGAUUGCCUUCUAAACCCCAGUCAGCUGAGCUGCAACAUGAGGCUAGGAAUACAAGCCUAACUUGACAUGUGUGUUUCUUUCCUACCCUAGAGCACCAUUACCAGAAUCCCCAGGGAACCCACAGACCUCAGCAACUAUAGGGUAAAAUGGUAUGGCAAACUGACUUCGUAUGAAGUUAAACAUGUAUGUGCCCUGUGACCUAGCAAUUCCACACCCAGGUAUCUAGCCAACAUAAAUGAAAAGGCUUGUAUGCAUGUUUGUGCCAGCUGUAUUUGUAAUAGUACCAAACUGGGAAUAGUCCAAAAGUCUAGCAAAAAUAAGUUUGAUGUAUUUGUAGAAUGUGAUACAACAAAAGGGAAGAAAAUGCUAAUAGAAAUAUCAACAAAUAAACCUCACAGACACCACUAGGUGAAAAGUCAGACACAAAGGUACAUAUGGGAAGAUUCCAUUAAUAUGGAACUUGGAAAUCAAAGCAAUUGGGUGAUGGUAGUUGGUAGAACAGAGUUGAGGCAAGGAUGGCAUUUGUCAUAUGUAGAUUAUACAAGAAGUAAGGGAAAGGCCAUCAAAAUAAAAGGAAGAAGGUGGAAAUACAGUGUCACUUAUCUCCAGGAAAUUGGUUCAGGGAUAGCUAUUGCUCUCUGGCGUAUCUUUACCACCACCUGAGCCAAAACACCAGGAUUCCUACCUGAAGUUUGGUUUUGUUUUAAGAUAAAUCUCAAAACCAGGCUAGCUUCAAAUUGGAUAUGUAAACAAGGCUGGGUUUGAGCUGAUCCUCCUCCUACUAUCUCCUAAGUGCUGAGAUUAUAAACAUGUGGCAUCAUGCCCAGCUCAAGCUCCUUAUACAAAAAUAGUAGAAUAUUUGUAUAGAACCUGUAUACACUUAGAAUCAUCUAUGUAUGAUUUUUAGUACCUGGUACAAUAUAUAUUUUGUAAGUUCUUAAACAGUAUUAAUUAGGAAAGAAAAGUCUUAUGUGUAGAAAAAAGGUCAGAUGUAAUUAUUUCUCCCCUAAUUUUUUUUUUUUUAUUUACUGGUGCUGGGAACAACCCAGGGCCUUCCUUGAUACUCUUAGCCAUCCCCUGAAUAUUAUCUGUCAUGGUUGAAUCUGUGUAUGAACUCAUGAAUAUGGAGCACUAAAUGCAGUGAGCCUCCAUGAAGGUGCUGGGAACCAAGUUUGGUUCUCUUUUAGAGCAGCCAGUGCUCUUUAACUACAGAGCCAUCUCUUUAAGCCCCCUAAAUGUACUUAAUACUGAGGAAAAAUAGUGACUUUACAAUAGAGAGACCUGGCAGGUACCACCUUUAUGGUGUAUUAGAAUUCUGUUUUGCAAAAAGACUGGAUGAGAAAGACACAGCAUCACCUGGUUGAGUUCCCUAUCCAAGACAGAGCCUAAACCUGUGUUAGGUGACAUUAGACAAACCUAAACAGGUGAGCUAUAAAAAGGCCUGUAAUCUUCAAUAGCAUCAAGUCAGGAACACCAAGGGAAGACUGAAGGAAACAUGCCACCUGAGCAUUCUAGCAUCACCUCCAUAGUGAAGUCUACCAUGUCUGCCCCAUGUAAAAUUCUCAACCCUUCCCUGCCAUGUUCCCUGUAUGCUCUUGUGCUACUUUCCAUAAUACAUCCUGUCUUAGAAAAUCUUAUUUUUCCAUAUUUAUUGCCUAUAUAUUUGUUGUUCUAUUACUUGUUGCCUGAAUUGGAACAAAAGCCAUGAUGGAUGUCUGUCUUGCUUCUUACUAUGUCACCACUGCCUAGAACAGAGUUUGACACAUAUCAGACCUGGAGGCAGGAGUAAAUGCACACACCACAACUUUCUGAAUCCCCUCUCAUUCUCAGGAAUCUGUUUUGUGUAUAUAGUGUUUGAGAUUGAACCUCACACAUGGUAUGCAAGUGCUCUUACCACAGAGAUACAUUGCUACCCUUAGGACUCCAUUUUGAACAGAGCUUUAGUCAAACAUGGUGGCAUAGGCCUAUAGCCCCAGCUACUUGGUUAGGAGAUGGAAAGUUGGAAUGAAGCAAAGGAUUGCUUGAGCCCAAAAGUAUGAGGCUAGCCUGAGCAACACAGGAAGACAACGAUUACCUUGGGAGGAGAGAGAGGGAAAGAGAGGAGAAUCUUAGGGCUCCAGACAAAA